ACAGCGCCUGAGGAAUGGCCACCUUAUCAUCCCAUUUUACAGAUGGGGAAACUGUGGCACGGAGAGGUCGUAGUUCGCUCGAGGUCAGAGGACUGGUCACUGGAGCCGGGACUUCGGCCCCUGACUCCAGCGCCUGUGGGUCCUUCAGGGCUGUCCCCACCCCAGCUCUUCCCCACCGUGUGGCCACAUUAAAUUAAGCAGCUGCUGAAGACAGAGCUGGGGUCCUUCUUCACGGAGUACCUGCAGAACCAGCUGCUGACGAAGGGCAUGGUGAUCCUGCGGGACAAGAUCCGCUUCUACGAGGGACAGAAGCUGCUGGACUCGCUGGCGGAGACGUGGGACUUCUUCUUCAGCGACGUGCUGCCCACCCUGCAGGCCAUCUUCUAUCCGGUGCAGGGCAAGGAGCCGUCGGUGCGCCAGCUGGCCCUGCUGCACUUCCGCAACACCAUCACCCUCAGCGUGAAGCUGGAGGACGCGCUGGCCCGCGCCCACGCCCGCGUGCCCCCCGCCAUCGUGCAGAUGCUGCUGGUGCUACAGGUGGGCACCCGGCCGGGCUCGGGCAGAUGGUGUCUCAGGCCAGGCCCCCAGAGGCAGCGCCGAGGAGGACCUGGGUCCACACGAGUCACAGAUGGGAUGCUGUCAGGAGGAACCUGGGGCGGGGAGUGAGCAGGAGCAGGAACG